AGCUUUAAAACAAAAUGGAAACCGAAAGAAGAGGAAAUGAGUUGCUUGGUUUGGACAUUGGUGCAAUAUUUGACGCAAUACUUGAUGAUGAUUUGAACGUGGUUAAACAUGGAAUUAUUAAAGGCUUUACGGCUGUUACCAAACGUCCAGAAACAGGCCAUAUGGCUUUGCAUUGUGCUUGCUUCAACAGCAAACUGCAAGUGUUGGAAUUAUUAAAAUCAACUCUAAAGGAAGGGGACAUAAAUAGAGUGAACGUUGAAGAAGACAAUUCAAUUUCCGCAACAGCUCUUCAUAUGUCUAUGGACGGACAAGUAGAUACAGAAGUUGUAAAACUUCUUCUUGACUGGGGAGCGGAUCCAGACGCCAGGGAUAAGAAGGGAUCGACAGUGCUACAUGAGCUUAUUGACAAAGCGUGGGAUGGUUUUGACGAAGGAUUUGAGCUUGAAAGUAUGAUGUGGGAAGACAUCAGUGACAGCACAGAAGAUGAAAGUCAUGAACAUAUUGACGAAACUCAAGAUGAACUAAUGUCUUCGACGGGAUCUGACUCUAAAUACAGAGGGAGAAAUAGUCGAAUUGGGAAAAUGCCAGGCAGAGAAACAAACACGAGAUACACGAAUACACGUGUGAUUUGCGAUAGGGAGAACAUUGUAAAGGAACAUGAAGACAAUAUAGAUUUAAACAUGGAUAUGGAAAACAUGGUAAAUGCAGAUGAAUUGGGUACCAGUUACUUUGAAAAAUUAAAAUUGCUUCAUAAAUACAAAGCCGACAUUAAUUUAGCUCAUUCCGGAACAACAGUAACACCAAUAGACUUUUGGUUCCAUAGGUUUUCCUGGUCAAUGUCAGAAUACAAGGGAAAAUCAAUACCUCAGUGGUGUGUACUUUUCUUCGAAGCAAUGGUUGAAUGCGGAGCCAACGUUAAUAUACCAAACUUCCGAGGAGAAACAGCACUGGUUUGUUUAACCCAGCGGCACUACAAACCCGACGAUGCAAUAUUUAGAACGUCAUACCAUUACUUUGUUCGUAGAGUAUUGGCUGAAUGUGAUAGUUAUGAAAAUAAGGAUACUCUUUAUGAUCGAAGCCUGUUGCAUGACUCAGUCAAAAACAGCAAUAUCAUACUUCUCGAAGAACUUGUUAAACAUUACAGUCAUGUAAACAUGGCUGAUAAAUUCGGAAUGACUCCAUUGCAUUUAAGCACACAUAACGUGACCAUAGACGAACACGUAUUUGUAAAGGAGAUGAUCAUCUGUCUCAUGCAACAUGGUGGCGAUAUCAACGUUGUUGACAAUCAUGGCGCUACUCCUUUACACCAUGCUGUAUCUCUUCGUAACAACACGGCCAUUGAAGUUCUUUUCUCGUUUGGGGCGUUGCCUGAUGUUAAAGACAAACACGAUCGAACUGCCAAAGAUCUUGCUAAAAUAAUAGAUGACGGACAGGCUUUGAAACUACUCGGAGCGGGGCAAUGUGAUGAAUAUACUGCCAAUGAGUCAGGGGUGUCGGAUAUUCGAUUCGGCUUGUUUGACCUUAGGUGCUGUCACUGGCAACAUGUUGAUGUAAAACAAGAAUUCCAACAGGAGUCUCAACCUGAGCCAGAUGAUGUUUUUAUCAUGAAUAUUGAUUCCUGGUUAAAACGAUCCCAUAUAUGUGUACACAAAAGGAGGGCUGUGUUGCAGAAUUGUACAGCAGCUUUAAAACAAAAUACCCAGAAAUCAAAUCUUUUCGAAGAGAAUGCGAAGCUAAUGCGUCAGAAAUUAUACGAUUUAGCAGAAAUGGCAGCAAGGGAAAUUGCAAAAAUAAAUCCAAUGUUUGAAUGCAAGGUGUUAUUUGGCGGUAGUACUACUGAAGGAACAAAAAUAGGCAGCUGUGAUGAAUUUGAUUUAGUAUUUGACUUAUUCAAGCUACGACAAUAUCUCCAUUUGGAAGAAAAGACUGACAAAAACUUGUCAGGCUUUGUUAAUUUAAAGGUUACUAACCUGGAGAUAUUUACAACCAAUGGCAUAGUGGAACUGGUCGAUGAAAAUGGGUAUCUCAAACGUAGGGAAACUAGUAAUCUUUUUCAUAAAUAUUUGGAAAAGUCCUUAAAUAAGAAAGAUCUAUGGACAAACAAUUCUUAUUACUCGUUUUGGGGUACAACAAAUGUUGAUGGAGAGUGUUUCAAUAUCGGACAGGUUAAUUUGGUCUGGUAUGGACCUUUUCUGAAACGACAAGACGUCAGUGUUGAUAUAGCACCUGUCUUCAGAGUUGCUGACUGGCUGCCUUCACAUUGGAAUGAUAACACUACAGUUGUGGAUACAGAAACAGCCCGAUCGAUCGGAUGCUACUUAAUGAUGAAAGAUGCAAAGCGGUACGUAGAAAAUAAAAUGCAUCCCGAUGAUGUAAUUAAAGAUAUGACUGCGUUCCUAAACGCCGAGAAUCUGUUGUUUAAAGUUUCUAUCUCUCAAGUGGAGCAUGCGGCAAUGAAAUAUUUGCCAUUUACAGCAAAACUAGGAUAUAAGAUAGCAAAAAGUUUACGGAUGCUUUGUCCUAGUAUUUUGUUCGACCCUGCAAUGGAUUUGGGUCUAAGGGAAGGAACUCCAGUGGAUGGCCUUAAACAAAAUGGUAAACUAUGCAUCAUGUUCCUCGUCACGAAGGUUCUUACUAGUUACAGCAUAAAAACCGGACUGUUUCAUGAGCUAGAAUCACGUGGGGCUAGAAUGGAAUUUUCACCUGAAGAAAUGCAAUCUGAUAAUUGGAACAGGUCUGUGCUUUCCUGUGACAUAUUUGACCAGAGAGUUCCAACACACGAAGAGCUAACGGAAGCAAAAUAUUGGACGCUUAAUAUUUUUAAAAGAAUCAAUGCAAUUGUUGCAGAGAAAAAAUAUCUUCCAGAAUAUUUUCUACUUGGCAUGGAGGCAACAAAACUUCCAGGACGACCGGUCCAUGUUAUAUCAGCAUUCAUAAAGUGUCUGAUAUAUUUUCUUGAGCAUUUGGAGACUCCUGCAGACCUAGUUGAGAUGUCCAAAAGCUUGGUAUAGUUCCCAGUUCGCCCGACUGAUAUCAAAUGUCAAACAACAGUAUGAAUUAUAAAGCGAAAGUGAACUGGGUGAAAAGGGCUCAAAGAUACAUAUAAAUGAGUCUCACCCCAACCCGACGUGAACUAGCUUUUGCGUGUCGAGGUCUUAAACGAGACAAUCAUCUGUACAACCCAUGGACAUACGGCGGAACAAUUUUCUUAAGACAUUCAGAUACCUAAAGGACGUGUGUCAGUACGGAUACAAGCCUUGCUAAAUAUAUUAUUUGUACGGAUCUAGAAUAUUAUUAACCAUAGCUACGUUUAAAUUAUUUCGUCGAUGUUGCUCUGAAAUCAUUAUCACAUAAAAUGCAUUGUUUUACUUGCUGUGCUUUAAUGAUUAAGAUUAACGUAAACUGUUCAACUUUAUACACUUUAUACUUUCUAACACUUUUCCAAGUUUCAGAAUUACUAGUUAUUAUAACAGGUGAUGCACAUCUUACACAUUUGUAUUGUAAUGACAUUACGUAAAUUAUGUUCUAGUAGUUAAAUCCAUUUCAUCAACCGGAUUUGAAUGAACUGGAUUUGCCCCAUCUUAUAUUGGAGUUCGUUAAACAACACGGCUGUUUUUGUAUUGCUACCGUAUGGAUAAGUUUAGUUUAUAAAAAAGCUUCAUUAAUAAUUUCGUCCAAAUCAUGAUAACAACAUGCAUGGAUAAUAUAGAACAAAUAGAAACCUAGCCAAGCAGCCUUGUAAAAGCAAAUUUUGCCUAAAAUAGAUUUGCCUAUUUUACACUUAAAUAAUUUUCGUUUAAUUAAUAGGUUUUCUGUUACCAUCUUUAAAUACUAGUGACAUUUCGGUUAUCUGUAUUAAUUGUGACCUUAUGCCCGUCCAGACAAUCGAUUGAGCUAUUCAAAACUAUAUGAACAACCUCCAGCUCUCUCCAAGUGGAACCAUAACCAUUUUCAGUUUCAGACCAGUACUAUCACAACGCCUUUGUUAUCUAUGUCCUCUAAAUACCCUCCAAAUCCACUGUCGUCACAAUAAAGGACGACCUGCUCAACUUGACUUGGCCCCUUAAUUACAGGUUCAGCUUCUAAUUUCCCACAAGUCAAUGCGUUUAAAUUUGAUCGCCAGAACAGCAGCUGUAGAAA